AUGAACUAUGGAGCCGGACCGUCACAACUACCAUCUUCUUCUUCUUCUUCUUCUUCUUCUGACGACGAAAUAUGGUCUCAGUACAUUAAAGAUUGGGAGGAAGAUAUGACACAAUGGGAGAAGGAAGAUGAACUCUUAGCUCGCGUACAUGCCUCUAAUAGUAAAAUAAUGACUUAUCUCUCUCAAGAGGCAGAGCGGCCAAAGCGUAUUGGCUCAGUUCCUGGUCAUUUGGUGAUCAAUCGCGGGAGGGAAGAAGGUAAUUCUCGACUUUACCAUGACUAUUUUUCUGAUAACCCUACAUAUGGUGCAAACCUAUUCCGUAGAAGGUUCCGGAUGCACAUGAGUUUAUUCCUUCGUAUAGUUGAGGCGGUACGUGAUCAUGACAACUUCUUCGUACAGAAGAUGGAUGGUGUCGGCAAACUUGGGCUAUCAACUUUACAAAAAGUUACAUCGGCAUUUCGCAUGUUGGCGUAUGGAACAUCAGCAGAUAGUACUGACGAAUAUGUUAGGAUCGGUGAGUCAACUGCAAUUGUGUGUUUAAAGAGAUUUUGCAGAGCAAUUGUAGAAGUAUAUGGAGAUGAAUAUCUGAGGACUCCCAAUGUCGACGAUGUUGCAAGGUUAUUGCAAAAGGGCGAAGAAAGAGCAUGGGCAGGACAAUACUCAGGUCGUCAUGGAGGUCCAACCAUUAUUUUUGAGGCAGUAGCAUCAUAUGAUCUAUGGAUAUGGCAUGCAUACUUUGGCUUACCAGGAUCCAAUAACGAUAUUAAUGUAUUGCAGUCGUCUAAUUUGUUCGACAAUCUAUCACAAGAAGCAUGUCGAAAAGAUGUUGAGCGGGCAUUCGAUGUUCUCCAAUCACGAUUUGCUAUCAUCAAGGGGCCAGCCCGUUUUUGGGAUAAACGAACUCUGCAUGAUAUCAUGACUGCUUGUAUUAUAAUGCACAAUAUGAUUGUCGAAGAUGAACGCGACGAGCAAGAAGAUGUUGUCAUUUCAACUCCACAAUCAAUUCCGAAUGCUGAAAAUAUGGAGAUAACGGAAACUGAAUGA